GAGAGAGUAUGAGCCAAAAUCUACAUAAAACUUUUAUGUUCCACUUGUCGAAGGGUUUUGGAUUCGCUUUAACAUCGAAGCUAACCAGUAGAGAGAAAUAUAGUGAUGGCGGGGGAAGCAUGUUCAUCAUCAACCUCUGUUCUUGAGCAAAUAGAAGACGAACAAGAGUUGAUGUUAUAUGGAGGUGGGUCUGGUUGGGUUGAGCCAAGAACAUGGUGUGAUCAUCUUCCUUCUUUGACUUCCGAUCUUUCUCAUAUCCCUACUCCUGACACUUUCUGCUUCAGGUGUGAUCACCCUGCAGAAAAUUGGUUAUGCUUAUUCUGUAAGGAUGUCCUAUGUAGUCGAUUUAUAAAUAAGCACAUGCUUGAGCAUUAUCAGCAAAAAGGUCACUGUCUAGCACUUAGUUACAGUGACUUAUCGGUUUGGUGUUUCGCUUGCGAUGCAUACUUGGAUGCUCAAGUAAUUGAGAAACUGCGUGGUGUAUAUGAAACUGCUUAUAUACUGAAAUUUGAAGAACCUCCACCAGUUCGCAUGGUUGAAGGCAUGCAGUUGGAAGUAACUGGAGCUAACGAUUCAUCCUAGUGUUUAAUUGUAACUAAGCACAUGGACAGAGAGCAUUUUGAGCUAAUAGUCUACUCUUUUACGAGCUUUAUGUAAUCUUGUCGCCAUAUUAUACUUAAACUAACGGGUCACUUAACCUUUAUCAGAGUUUGGGAAAACUUGAUUAUUGUUAUGAAUUGAUCAAUACAAGCCGACACUGAAUCUACCAGCAAAUCGACAUUAAACACACUACAAGCCUAUUCAGACACCCGAAUUCAACCUCAAAUUGUGAAGCAACCCUACCCAUGCUCUAAUCGAGCUACCCCCGCCUUACCAUCCUAUGAUCUUUUCGAGCUGACAUCUUUCCAAAAUUGUAU